GAAAAAAAAAAUAUCCGACUGCUUUUCCAUCAACCUCAUAUUCUUUCGUUAGUCUGUUCAGGGAAUUGUCCUCAUCCAGAUCGGCCAUGCUCAGCACAGCAACUUGUCGAUCCCUCUAAAUCUACUCUCGAGGGUUCCCAAUUUUCACUGCACAUCUCCUUAUCCCCCACAACUCACAAUCUCCCAAAGGGAAAAAAAUCCUUCGUGUGAUGAAAAAUGUCGUCCAAGGAUACCAGCACCGUUCAGAUCGAUGAAGCCCGUCUAGAGGCUGCGUUGGGCCACAAACAGCAACUCGUGCGACGUUUCGAUCUUUUCAGCUUGACCAGUCUGGGUAUUGUCAUCGCCAAUUCUUGGGCUUCAACCGGAGGCACCAUCGUGACAGCUCUUGAAAAUGGAGGACCAAUGGCCGUGCUGUAUGGCCUCAUCCUGGUCAGCGUCUUCUAUACGUUAAUAUCGGCCUCACUGUCGGAACUCGCAUCGUCAAUGCCAUCAGCAGGUGGUGUAUACCACUGGUCGUCUGUCUUAAGCAGGAAACACGGACGCGUGGUUGGAUUCUUCACCGGAUACUUGAACGCCUGCGCAUGGCUUCUCUCCUGCUCGUCUAUCAGCUCUAUUCUCGGUAACGAAGUCGUCGCCAUGCACAUACUCCGCGUUCCUACUGUGCAGUUCCACCCAUGGCAGGUUUUCAUCGCCUUCCAGCUCGUCAACUGGAUCUGUUGCGCUAUCGUCUGUUUUGGGAAUCGCUUUAUCCCCGUGAUCAAUCGCAUUGCAUUGAUUCUUUCACUGUGUGGACUUCUUAUCACUGUGAUUGUCCUCGCUGCCAUGCCCAAAAGACAUGCGAGCAAUGCCGAUGUCUGGACCACAUUCGAUAAUGAGACAGGUGGAUGGUCUGAUGGAAUUUGCUUCAUGACAGGACUACUCAAUGCAGCCUUUGCGGUCGGAGUCCCUGACUGUAUCAGCCAUCUAUCAGAAGAAGUUCCCCAACCAGAGAAGAAGGUUCCGCAGGGAAUUAUGCUCCAAAUGCUGACGGCAUUUUCUUGCGCAUUCAUCUACCUCAUCGCUCUAUUCUACGCUAUUGAUGACCUCGACGCUGUGUUUAACAGCAGCAUCUCCUCGUUCCCCACCGCAGAGAUCUACCGACAAGCCACAGGAUCCAACGCAGGUGCCGUUGGAAUGAUCGCCGUUCUGUUCUUAGCCACUUUCCCGACCCUAAUCGGCACCUUUGUCACAGGAGGCCGCAUGUGGUGGAGUCUUGCCCGAGACAAUGCGACCCCCUUCCCUUCAUAUUUCGCUCAUGUCGAUCUAAAGUUCAACUCUCCCAUCCGAGCGACCGUGGCCAUGAGUGGAAUGGUGACCUGUCUGGGAUGUGUCUACCUUGGAAGCACCACCGCCUUCCAAGCCCUCAUCUCAUCCUACAUCGUUCUCAGCACACUCUCCUACCUAGGUGCCAUCCUUCCCCAUGUCCUAACCGGGCGGAAGAAUAUCGUCCCCGGUCCAUUCUACAUGGGCAAGGCUCUGGGAAUGGCAGUUAAUGUCAUCGCUGUCAUAUAUAUUGUGGUGACUGUUGUGUUCUUCUGCUUCCCUCUGGUUAUGCCAGUUACAGCACAGAACAUGAACUACACAAGUGUGAUUACCGUGGGCUUGAUGACUCUCGUGGCGCUGUGGUGGCUCUUCCGCGGCAACCGAGACUAUAAGGGUCCUGAAUACAGGUUCGAAGCUGCUCAGGAGCUGGCCGCCUUGCAGGAUGAGAAGGAGGGUGUCACUGCAAGGACUGGUGAUGGAAGUGUGUAACCUUAAAGGGACAUGCUUUGUCUGAUGAGCCAUGAGUUUUGCUAGAAUUAAUUAUUUCUUUUUCUAUCUAUGGUCUGUUGUUUAUAUAUAUAGGAAUAUGGGUGGAUUUAAUCUUUGGCGAGGUGUUGGAGUUUGUAGAUAUUGAAUCUCAAAGACAUAUUCAUAUUUCU